UACUCUUUUCCUCGUCCCCUUUCCGUCAAAUACACAUUUUCUAUAUGACUGCAUAUAUAUGUGCGUGUGUGUAUGCGUGUGUGUGUGUGUGUGUGUGUGUGUGUGUGUGUGUGAGAGAGAGAGAGAGAGAGAGAGAGAGAGAGAGAGAGAGAGAGAGAGUAUGGUGCUGGUGUCGUGUAGUGUGCCCUUCUCUGAUGGGUACUCUAGUGUCCUGCUUCUUUGCUGGUGGAAACCUUUUGUGGCUGAGGAAACCAUCAAAAGUUUGUCAGCUUCUACAACCUCGUUAGUGGGGUUGGGGUAGGGGGAAGCUUCCUUGAAGUUCCCCCAUAUGUGGGUUCCUCAUUUAGAUUCAUGUGCGUGAUGGUUUAGUGACUUGCUGCAUUCACGUCAAAGCUUAUGAACGUUGUUCUUCCAAGAUGAACGCCAUAAGGAAUGCUAUCUCGAGGCAUGUGAACUUAAGAGCUUCAGUCAGUAGAUGUAUCAUCGCUGAGAAUUUGCAUGGGCUGAACCGGUUGAAUCAAAUGCUGUGCACAUCUACAGCUCACAGCCCUGAUCAGAUCAUGGAUCGGGUUGUCGGGCUUGUCAAGAAGUUUGACAAGAUUGAGGCCUCUAAGGUGAGUGAAAGGGCCAAUUUCCAAAAAGACUUGAGCCUUGACAGCUUAGAUAAGGUGGAACUGGUAAUGGCUUUCGAGCAAGAAUUCUCCAUUGAAAUCCCCGAAGAGGAAGCCGACAAGCUUACCUGCUGUGCUGAUGUUGCAAGAUACAUAGCCUCUGCAUCUGGGGGAAAGGAUACUGCAAAUAAGAGCUUGUGAGUGUCUUUUCAUGUAUUAUUUGAAAAAGAAAAAGCAUCCGUGGAAUUCUCUUCUUGAAAUGGUCGAGCAAGUAGUGUAAUCCUCAGAAAUAUGGUCAUGUUUCAGUCGGAAUGGCUUCACCCAUUCACGUAUCUUAUGCUCACUUGUUCGCUUAAAAUCAAA